GGGGAUCCAGGGGCUUCACGAUCAUGCACAGGAUGGGGUUGGCGGUGCCUGCUGAAGUGAGCCAGGCGUGUAGUCGGCCGGCGACGGACCGGGCUAUAUUGUAAUGGCGGUCGACACCAGGGAAAAUCAUGUUCAAACCGGGGUGGACUUCGCCCACCUGCGUCGUGUCCGAAGUAUCAUUUACAACCAUGGUGAUGGCUCUGGAUAUAUCGGGGGUUGUUGCUGCUGCUUGGGUAUCGAUCGAAGAAACGGACAAUUUGUCCAUGCGGCUGGUCAAGUCCAGCACCGCCGUUUUCAUCACUUGUAUCUCGCCCACCGUAUCAGAGAAGAACAUAAUCUGGUGAUUGGAC